GGAUGCGGCCGGCGGCCGCUGACCACCCCGAUCCCGCUAUAAAUACGUUCGUCACCGCUUGUCCGAACGUCAGUCCUGUUUGCGACACGUUUGCCGAUCUACAAAACCAUAUUAAGUGGAAAAUGGCUAUCAAGUUAAUAAUCCUGGCUGCAGCGGUGCUCGCGGUAUGCAGAGGCGCGGCCGUGCCAUCGCCAGCUCUACCGGCCAUCCCAGCUGUUGCAACUGGCCCAAGCGGCCCGGCUAUACCAGCUAUUCCUGCGACCCUGGCCGCGCAGCCUUUUCCAGUUGCUGCGAUCGACGCCACGAGUUACGACCCUCAUCCCCAGUACACUUACGCCUACGACGUCCAGGAUACGCUGACCGGCGACGCGAAGAGCCAGCAUGAGAGCAGGGACGGUGACAUCGUCAGCGGCAGUUACAGCCUUAUCGAAGCCGACGGCACCAGGCGAAUCGUCGAGUACACGGCCGACCCCGUGAACGGAUUCAACGCCGUGGUCCGUCGGGAGCCCCUGGCGGUGGUGAAACCUGUUGUCAAGGUCGCGCCGCCGCCGCCGCCGCCGCUCGUUUAUCAGCUCUGAAGGAUGUGAAUGAUGAUUAUCCGCGAUGAUCCCCGAGACGAGAACUAGUCACGCUAUAAAUAAUGUAUCGAUGUUACUGCAAUGAAUCGUU